CUCCGCCGCGGCGCCCGGAGGCUGCCCUGCGGGCAAUGGCUCGACUCAGCCUGCGCGGGAGAGCGCCUCGCUGCUGCCCGGCCUCGCGGCUCCGCUCCGCGCCUCGGCAGGAGAGAGAGUGAGAAGGCGGGUGCUGGUGUGCGCGUCGCGAGCUGCCGGCGGCGCCUCGAGAUUCCUGCACAGCUUUCUCCUCCUCCGACGCGAGCGCAGGAAGCAGUGGUGUUGCUGUUUUUAGGUUUUUUUUUUUUUUUUUUUUUUUAAUUAAAGUGCACGUCGUGUUGGGUUGCACGCUCCACCCCCAGGGACCUGGAGUGGAGAAAUUUGAACCCACAGCCUUAGCCUCGAAAAGGCCGCUUUUCCCGUCCCUCUGUGAGUGUGGAGGACGACAGGCGCGAAAUGACCAGCGAACUCAUUUUUCAUAGGACUCCGUGAGGCUGGCUUCUGCGUUUCGCUACCUGGACGCUCAUUUGGGGAAGAGUUGACUUGUGUCUCCGCGCAGCAUUUUAACUCUAAUAAGCAAAUGUCACCUCUGUUCGAACGUUUUGGUGUUAACGAGAGAGAAAUCAUUUCACCAACGAAAACUAAUUGAACUGUCAACAUCAUUGAAAUAUCUACGAAAACUGUUUUCAGAGGGGUGGAAAAGCAGCUGCGAAAUAGCCGCCAGAAAAAUUACUGUGGAAGUUAUUCCGUAACGGGAGCGGAAACUUCAGAGCAAGUUUUCCCUGGGCAAAAUGGGGGAACAACCUAUCUUCAGCACUCGAGCUCAUGUCUUCCAGAUUGACCCAAACACAAAGAAGAACUGGGUACCCACCAGCAAGCAUGCAGUUACUGUGUCUUAUUUUUAUGACAGCACAAGAAAUGUGUAUAGGAUAAUCAGUUUAGAUGGCUCAAAGGCAAUAAUAAAUAGCACUAUCACCCCAAACAUGACAUUCACUAAAACAUCUCAGAAGUUUGGCCAGUGGGCUGAUAGCCGGGCAAACACUGUUUAUGGACUGGGAUUCUCCUCUGAACAUCAUCUUUCAAAAUUUGCAGAAAAGUUUCAGGAAUUUAAAGAAGCUGCUCGUCUAGCAAAGGAGAAAUCACAGGAGAAGAUGGAACUUACCAGUACACCUUCACAGGAGUCAGCAGGCGGAGAUCUUCAGUCCCCUUUAACACCAGAAAGUAUCAAUGGGACAGAUGAUGAGAGAACACCUGAUGUGACCCAGAACUCAGAGCCAAGGGCUGAGCCAACUCAGAACGCAUUGCCAUUUUCACAUAGUUCAGCUAUCAGCAAGCACUGGGAGGCUGAACUGGCUGCCCUCAAAGGAAACAAUGCCAAGCUCACUGCAGCCCUGUUGGAAUCCACUGCCAACGUGAAGCAAUGGAAACAGCAGCUCGCCGCCUACCAGGAGGAAGCAGAGCGCCUGCACAAGCGGGUGACAGAGCUUGAAUGUGUAAGCAGCCAAGCAAAUGCAGUGCAUACCCAUAAGACGGAAUUAAACCAGACGAUACAAGAACUGGAGGAGACGCUCAAAGUCAAGGAAGAGGAAAUAGAAAGAUUAAAACAAGAAAUUGAUAACGCCAGAGAACUCCAAGAACAGAGGGAUUCUCUGACCCAGAGACUGCAGGAGGUGGAAAUUCGGAACAAAGAUCUGGAGGGACAACUGUCUGACUUGGAGCAGCGUCUGGAGAAGAGUCAGAGCGAACAGGAAGCUUUUCGCAAUAACCUGAAGACGCUCUUGGAAAUUCUGGAUGGGAAGAUAUUUGAACUAACAGAGUUACGGGAUAACUUGGCCAAGCUACUAGAAUGCAGCUAAGGAAAAUCAAAUUUCAGUGCCAAUUGAUUAAAAGAUACUCUGUCUCUCUUCAUAGGACUAUUUGGGCUCUGCAUCAAGAUUGCACAAAAAAAAUUAAAUAUCAUUCCUCCAGGAGGAGGAUCUUUUGAAAAUUGGAAUUGUAUAUUUCAGUGUAAAUUUUAGAAUUUAGCUUGUAGCUAGUUGGGUAAAAAAAUGAAAAACUUGAACUACAAAUUACCUCCAUGUAUAUUAUUGGCCAUAGUUAACUAGAAAGUUACAAAUAGACACUUAAUGCAAUCUUUUUUUUUUUUUCCCCUGAUAUUAGCCAGUGGGAGAAUUAACAAUGUCUGGGUCACAUCCCCUUUUGUGUUCAACAUAGUGAAGAUUAUCUGCUUUUUAAAUUAAUUUAUUAUGAUAUCUAGAGCUGUGAUUUGUGCAAAAACUUAGUGAUGAAAGCCCUGUCUUUUGUUGUAAUCCGAAUAAUUUCUCAGGAUAUUUUGCACUGCUGAGAAGCAGUGCCAUUACCAGUUAAUUCUUGCCAGGAGUGAGAGAGAGCUGCAUCUUUAUUGAAACACACUAUAACUGGGUGUAUAGAGUUCUUCCCUUUUUUGUACUGGAAGAUUUUUCACUCUGGUGACUACUCUGGUACACUCUGGUGUUCUCUAAUCUUGUCUGUUGUAUACUUUACUUUUCCUUAUUGAUUCCAUGUGUUUAUGAGAAUAUACUGUCUCCUGUUUUAUUACACAUUUUAAAGCCAACUAACAAAGGCAGCUGAGUCCCUCAGAAAUUUUUGUUUUUAAAUUUCUAAUAAAUUUGACACACAGAACUGAAAUACAGUAGCCUGUCAUUAACGGGCUGGUGUAGCAAUGUUAAGUAUAUUUACAAAAAAUAUGCAGUUACUUUUGUUUAUAUAUUUUGCAAGAAAUCUUUUCUGAAUGAUCAAUGCAUUUCAAUUUAAAAAUAAUAGUGGUUAUUGGGGAACUAUUUAUUAUAGGUAAUUUUAAGGUGUAGAACUAUUUUCAAGGGGAUCCCUUUACGUAACAGCCGAUCAGAGGACUGUGUCUAAACGGUGACCAUGGCAGGGGAGACAGGUCUUGUGCUCUGGGCCUUCACGUCAGCCACACCCUUCCUCAAACCUCACACGGCAAUAUACUGAACUGUUACCUAGCAUUUCCACACGGAGCUACAUUAACAGGCUCUUCUCAGCGAGCAGGUUUUAAUGUUUUGAUGUAAUUUUAAAAGACUUUUAGCAAACAUGCAUUUCUUUAUAUGAUACAUUUCUUUUAUGAAGCGAUUUUAAAAGUAAGCCAAGUGCUGUCUGGUCUGCAUAUGAGUAGGAAAUGCGUCAGAAUGCAUAUAUUCUUGCUGUACAAUGCCUGUCAUGGUGAGGAGGUUGUUCUUCUUAAAGUGUAUGCUUGAGUGUCUGGCUCUAUAGAGUCAAUAAAUGCACUGACUUUUUGUUUGUACCCCAAAUUGAUCGAAUUGUUAAGUACAAAAUUAAGCAAAUUAAGCAAUUUGUAACCAUUUUUCACUCAUAGCUACUCAGCAUUAGAGAAUUUUGUUUUAUAUGUAUGUGUAUGUACAUAAAUACAUACAUAUUGAUUUAUAUUAGAGUGAAAAAUAGUUUGUUUCUAAACUUAGUUUCUAGAAUGAGCUUUCAGGUGUCUGAACAGUUUCUCUCAGACCCUUAGUCAUCCCGUAUUACGUGUGCUCCAGCGUCCUGUAAGCUGCCUCCAUCUAUCUUAGGGAUUUUCCUCACCUAUUACCAUAGGGAGAUUAAUUGGAUACACAUGCUCAGAGCGGAGGUAUUUCUCUGAUAAAUCAGGUAAUAAAGUUUAUUUGAUGGAUAGAAUUUUGAAGUAGAUGUGAUUUUAUCCACGAGUCUCUGAGUGACAGAGCACCAGGUUUUCAUUUAAAUAGGGAACUAGCUAGGGGUCAGGGAAUUUAGUUAUGAAGAGUUUUUUAAAAAUCUUUUAAAAAAAAAAAAACAGUGUAAGCUGUUGAAAUGGUCAGUGAUUUAUUUUAAUGAUGUAAUAAAAUAUUUUAAAAUUUUUGACAUAGUGGUCAUUUAAUGGGAAAAUAACUCACCAAAAUGUUUCCACUUGAAUUGUAUUGAUAAUGUGAGACAUAUAUGUAAUUCAAUAUAUACAUAUACCCAUAUGUAUAUACAGAAAAUUAUUUUUAAUAUUUUCCUACUGAUAAGAAAUUUAAAAUUGGAAAUUUUGUGAGUGUUUUCCUUGUCCAAUAGAGCCUAACUGUUUCUUUUUAGUGACUUAACAACUUCUUGAGGGCUGCACCUUCAAAGUCCCAGAUUGUCCAUAGACAUGUACAGUAUUUGGGAUAAGGUGACACAAGUGCACAUAUAAAUAAAUCCUUCUUACAAGACUAUUUUAAACUCACAUUCGCAGUAGGACCAUAUCUGGAAAGCAUUGCCUACGAGUCAUAAUUCGGUUGUGUGCCUACUGUAGAUUUUCCAUUUCUGUAUUAUAAAUAAAUGUUUGCAUAUUAAAAUUCUGAUUUUUCCCAGAGACAAGUACUAUAUAUAUAUAUUUAUAUAUAUAUACAUAUAUCUCUAGCUCUCGAUCAGGUGCGGUGGUCUGUUCCUCAGAACGCAGCGUUGGGGACGGUGGCCGGAAUGCGCAGACUCUCGGUGACUGUGGAGGACAACAGUGGAGACUGAGCCGAUGUGUCUAAGUUAUUAUCUGAUGAUAACUAUGAAUUCUUGUACAGAAACAAAAGCUGGAAAAAAGAAAAACAAAAAUACAGUUUUUAUUUUGAAAUACAUUUGUUGUUCUCUGGAGAAUGUACUUCAUCUUUUUCCCUUCAGUCUUUCACAGAUAUUUAAGAACAUUUAAGUGAUGGCAGCAUUUACAAAUCUUACAGGUGCUACUGGAUUUUGCAUUAGUGUAUCAUGUUGUGAAAUCCUGACUUUGACAUAAAAGGUUUUUUAAGUA